AUGGGUUUGAUCAAUCUCACCACACCGGAUCCGAAACUUUCACUGGAGCACCCAACUGCACUUUCAGGAAAGACAAGUGCUAGUCAUCCAUCAAGCAGUCAGACGCCCAUCCUACCAAUCAGCCAUCCAGAUGGGAGCACACAAUCCUCUACCGGAGGCGAACCCUCCUCUUCUUAUAGUGGUCUUGCAAACCAAGCUGUGCAACAAUAUAACCCACUUCGGAUAGCUCAGAUCAAUCAACCAGCUGAGAUGGCUGAAAAUAACAUCCCAGCACUUAUUGAUGAUGUCAAUCAUGUUCAUCUGGAUAAUGGACUGAUCAAUCUGCAAGAUGAGCACCAACUCCUUCCUGAUCUGUGGGAUCAGGACCGUCUCCUUUUCUGGGACAAUCUCAACCAAUUUGGGGGAAACCUUCUCGUGAUCUUUGCAUGGGAUCUCUUUGCAAAAGCAUUCCAGAACUAUUUGGAUUUCGAAAUCGGAUUACUUAUACGUCUGGCAUUCUUCUUAUUCAAUAUUUUUGAUAUGUUGGGUGAAUAUUUCUUCAUAUAA